AUGUUGCACUUCCGUGGGGCGGGAAAGGCCGCCUGCGACUUGAUUCACCCACGUCCGGACGGCGUGUGCACACCCCUGCGAGCCCCGGGCCCUGGCGCGGCCCGCCGGGCCCUGGCGCUCCACGCCGGCGGCCGCCACCUCUGGGGUGGCUGGCGGGGCAGCGAGGGUCGCGCCGGGCCUUCCUGGGGGGCUCGGAGGGCUCGGGGCGGCGGGGCCCGGCUUCCCGCGCCUCGAAGGCAGGGCGGGCAAGCGCGUCCUUUCCGUCCGGGACGGGAACUCUGGGCUCGCCCGGGAUCGGCGGCCUGCGCGGCCCGCGCCGCGGGUAGCCGGGCCCCGGGCCCCGGUCCAGUCGCGUCCAGGCGGCCUCCCGCAGGCCUGGCCCCCGCCUCGGGGACGGCUUUGUGCUUAGCAGGGGGAGGUGGGGCAGAGGGCGGGAGCGGGAGGGAGCCGGAGGUGGGUCCCGCGGCCUUUCUUGGGAUUAAGUGGCGACACUCCCUUCCCCCUCUCGGGCGCGUCCCUGGCUGGGAACUGGCUGAGUCCUCUUGGAAGUGCCUACGGGCCACCUUGCUGCCUGGUAACUUUGCUCUGGUGUGGCCACCCCAAGGAGACCUUCCUGAGGGUGUCUCCGCCGGGGCCAGGGCGCCGGGACGCCGUCGGACCCUCUCCUGACGUGGCCCGGGGCCAGUCCCAAACUGACGGACCCUGAGUGGGCAACAGGAAUGCCCGGAGGACCUGUCCAGAGGUGGAGGGGCGGUCCAUCUUCAAAGUAAAGCCGCUGGUAGAGUAGGCGUAUCGAACAACACAGGCUGUCAUGCUUAAAAAUAAAAAAUAAGCAAAACCCAAAACAACAACAAAACCCUACCAGAUAUUGGUACCGCUUUACCCACCAACGAAAAGCGGACUGCUGGCUACACAGCGGACGGGAAGAACUCCUGGAAACAAACGCUGGAAGAGGCCUCUGAGAAGUCACUACUCGAGCUUGAAAACUCCAGUAGCCAGAAGUCGGAGAUGACAGCAGAACUUUUUGGAUUGUUUUGAUCUUCGUGUCAAAAAAAUGGUUGCAAAUCGGAAAAGACUUACUGCAGUUCCUUAAUUAAAUCACACGAUUAACAUUUGGUUGCACUGCUUAGUUUUGUAUUACAACAUGACUCAAAAUGAGUUCCUAAUGAAAACGGGUCGAUGUUUCUUUUGCCCUGUUAGACCUAGCGCCAAGAAACGAUGUAUUUAGUAUUGAGAAAAGUUCAGCACAAUGCAUUACUUAAUUUUUAUGGGUAAUAACUAUUUGGGGUUACUUAUAUUUAAGGAAAAUAGCUUUUAUCUAAUCCUGGUUUCCAAGACAUAAUUUUGUAGCCUGGGAAAAGUAAUACUAAUAAGAACGAUACCCAUAAAAGACUGCUGCAGCCCAAUUGCCUCUCUUUGCCUGGGCUAUUGAGAAAUGCUUGAAAUUAAUAAACGAUCGUUGGGAUCAAUUUUGGGAACUAUAGCCUUUGUUUUCU